UGAUUGGACGCUGCAAAUCUUUAAAUGCUUCACUUUGCAACGAAGCACCCAGAACCUUGUGAUAAUCUUCAGUAAACGUAGAUAAGAUCAAUUUUUGUCUGACAUUUAGAGUAAAAACAUGAGCGCAUGUCCUUUUUUGGGAAGAAAGCAUCAAUUGUUUACCAGUAAGCCCGGUCAGACAGAGGAAGAGGAUGAAUCCCAAAAGGGCAUCAACAAAGCCACUAAAGGAGGAAUCGUCUAUGGAGAAUACCUACAGCUUGACAAGGUGCUGACCGCUCAAGUUUUGCAAAGUCAAGAGAAAGGUAAAAAAAUCCAUGAUGAGCAUCUCUUCAUUGUUACCCACCAAGCUUAUGAGUUGUGGUUUAAGCAGAUAUUGUGGGAGCUUGAUUCAGUUCGGCAUCUGUUCAUUAAAAACCAUGUUCGGGAUGAAAGAAACAUGCUGAAGGUGGUGAGCAGGAUCCACAGGAUCACCAUGAUCUUCAAACUGUUGGUAGAGCAGUUUGCUGUCCUGGAGACCAUGACUGCCCUGGACUUCUUUGAUUUCAGGGAGUACCUAUCAUCAGCCUCGGGGUUCCAGAGUCUUCAGUUCCGUCUUCUGGAGGCUAAGAUUGGUGUGGCGGAUCAUUUGAGAGUCCCUUACAACCGACGACACUACAAAGAUAGCUUCCAUGGACAAGAGAGCAAGACGCUGCUGAGUACAGAGCAGGAACCCACUCUCCUUCAGCUGGUGGAGCAAUGGCUGGAGAGGACUCCUGGACUGGACAAGGAUGGAUUUAACUUCUGGGGAAAACUGCAAGCCAACAUCGAAGAGGGUCUGAAGAAGGAAAAGCACAAACUGGAAAAAAUGGAAGAUUCUGAGGUGAAGCAGGACCUUCUGGCGGAUCUAAACAAACAGAGUGAGAUCUUCACCGCCCUGUUUGAUCCAAAACGCCAUGAGCAUCUUUUAAGCAAAGGUGAACGGCGACUUUCUUACAAGGCCCUUCAGGGAGCUCUAAUGAUUAAUUUCUAUAGGGAAGAGCCUCGAUUCCAGGUGCCCUUCCAGCUCCUGACUUCACUGAUGGAGAUCGAUACACUAAUGACCAAGUGGAGAUAUAAUCAUGUCUGUAUGGCGCACAGAAUGAUUGGCAGUAAGGCAGGGACAGGUGGAUCUUCAGGCUACCAUUACCUGCGCUCCACUGUCAGUGACCGUUACAAAGUGUUUGUGGAUUUGUUUAACCUCGCAACAUUCCUGGUACCUCGUUCCUGGAUGCCCAAACUGAACCCAAACAUCCAUAAGUUUCCCUACAUGGCCGAGUGUUAUGACAGCUCGUACAAUUCAUACAGCAGUGAGGAUUCUGAUUAGAAAAAUCAGACUUGGGACUUGGGAACUUGGGAAUUAUGCCAAGUGCUUGUAUUGAUCAGUCAAAGUUUGUGUUUUUGUUCCAUUUACAUGUUUGAUUGAUUUACUGAGAUACUGAAGAACUAGAAGCUUCUCUCAAGAAGAUGUAGAUGUAAGCUUAAUGAUAAAGUAAUCAUGUACAUACUGAAAAAAAAUCAAGAAAUCUUGUACAUACUAUUUAUAUUUUAAACAUUUAUUUAAAAAAUGUUUUGUACCACUAAAACAAUACUUUUGAAUGAAGCACAUAGAUUUGUCUGAUCAUUUGUAAAUAUGAUAUAUAUAUUUUUGUAAGCUGUACAUGAACAGUGUCAUAAAAAUAAAAUGUCAUAAAUGUCACUGAUUUUAUGCUGAAGUUUUUAAGUGACACUACUGUGCACCACGUUAAUAAACAAAGCUAUAUUUUUCUCUUUA